GAUACGGUGGAGGGAGGAUAAAUUCACCUAACAGUUUUACAUGACAACACAUUGACCACUGGCAAGGGAAUGGAUGGUUGAUGUUUCACUUAACUUUCUAUAGUUCAAAAGCCCAAGUAUUUAUUUUUGUGAGGAAUUAUUUUUUUAACACUUAGUGAAGUAGUUGUUAAAAUUCCAUUCACUAAGAGCACGCUUGGAGGGCGGAGAAACGUCGCGCGAUCGCACCUGCCGCGGGGAGACAACUCAUCAGUCUUCUCAGUUGCACAGUUUCCAGAGUUGAGACUGAACUGCGCGCCAGAGCUCCCAUGAAAACGCAGCAUGGGAAAUGCUCAGGAUUGUUGAAUCGUAUAUUUCUAUUCAAGUGUUUUCUUUUGGACUUAAUUUGAAAUCCUAAUGCAUUUGCGAUCUACAUUUUAAGAACGUGUUCAACCUCUUUAGGACUGGACAUUUACCUGAGACUUUUGAUAACCUCUUGGGAUUUUAUUGGGGAAUCCCUUGAAAGAAUGGCCCCAUACUGUGCAAAGCAGAUAUUUUUCCUCUUGCAUUGUUUCACAUCAAUAAGUGGGAUGGUGGGGAGAGAGACACUGCCUGCCCCUCAGCUGUUGCCCUCUGGGGAUACACACGUUCUUCACACUGAGAACUCGCUCAUCCUCACCUGCAGGGGCUGGGCGCCGCUGCUCUGGAGCCUGCCCUGGAGGGGGCUGGCGUCGGAGGGGGUGCAGGUGGAGGAGUGUGGGCCCGGGCUGCAGCCAUACUGCAGCCAGCUGCUGGUGCAUCACCUGGACCCCAGAGACACGGGCCUGUACAGCUGCACGUACACGUCUAGCUCCUCAGAUCUGUCCAGCUCAGCCUACGUCUAUGUGAACGAUCCUGAGCAGCCAUUUGUGGAGCACAAUAAUGCCAUGCCAGAUAUCUUGUACAUCUACAGACAUGAGACCCCGUUGGUCAUCCCUUGCAGGACCACCUCUCCCAACCAGACUGUCACUCUGAAGGUGAAGGGGGAACCACCCCUGACUUGGGUGAUCAAGAAGGGCUUGGAGUGGGACCCAAGGGUGGGCUUCAAGAUCCCCUACGGCCCGUACGCCAGCUACAGCAUGCUGACCUGUGUCUCAGACGCCAACGGACGACGGGUCGAGUCAAACUACAUCCCCAUCCGAAUCACUUCUACUCUGAGGAACGUGAAGUCCACCCCGGACAGAGCCAGGGUUCUUGUAGGAGACACCCUCCAACUCAACUGCUCUGGACAAACCACCUUCAACGGGAGAGUUGUGUUUCGCUGGCAGCUACCCAAGAGAGCAGUCAAUCGCACCCAUACGGUCAAAAAAAACAAAGAGAAGCCCGGUAAGAACAUCACCUGGACCAGCAGCAUUGAGUUGGCCCAUGUCACUAUGGAGGACAGAGGGAUGUACAGGUGCACUGCCCAGGUCGACACCACCAUAAAGCACGCCGACUCUAGGGUUCAGGUCUAUGAACAUCCGUUCCUGAACAUCACCCACAAGCACGAGGCCAGAAGAGUGGUCACCGAGGGGGCCAAGCAGGUGGUGUUGGAACCCAGGGUCAAUGCUCUGCCCGCUCCAGACAUCAUCAUGUGGUAUAAGGACGGAGUCCCCAUCUUGAACUCCACCUGCUAUGAGUCCUCAGAAUACAGCCUCACCAUCAGAGAGGUGAAGAAGAGAGACGAAGGGGUCUUCACCAUCUCUCUGGGCAACCAGGAGAAGGGCUUGUACAGGAAUCUCAGCUACACUCUGGAAGUGGAUGUGAAGCCUAAGAUCUUGGAGGAGGAGGUGGCUACUGCGGACGUGCAGCCCUACAUGUUCGGCAAGCAGCACAAGUUAACCUGCACGGCCACGGGAUCGCCCGCGCCUCAGGUCACGUGGCUAUGGCAACCAUGUCGCCCGGGCCCAACCCUCAAACAGUGCGUGAUUUACACUGAGCCUAUCCCAGUCCAGAUACACACAAAAGGCAAUUAUCCACACAACUGGAUUGAAAGCAUCAACAACAGUACAGAACUGCUGAAGGGAAGCAUGGAACCAGGAAAAGAGAAUAAGACUGUGAGCAUGCUGGUAGUGGGAGUGGCUAACGUGUCAGGCGUGUUCUCCUGCUCAGCUCAGAACAAACUGGGCACCGCCACCCUGCGGACCACCUUCUACGUGGACAAUCACUCCCAGCACCUGGCCAUCGAACCCCAGAGCGCCAUCGAAGGCGAUGACAUCACCCUGACCUGCCGUGCCACACGCUACCUGUACACAGACCUUCAGUGGUACGACCCGCAGAACCGGAGCGUCACCACCAGUGAGCUCCAGCUCAGCCCCUAUGCCAUCUCCCUGGCACUCAUCCUGACCGACGUCUCCUGGAACCACACGCUAGGCUACCAGUGUCGGGCCCAGAACCACCAGAACAAAGUCACGCGGAAGACAUCUGUUCUGACUGUCAAUAAGAGGAAACACCCCUGGCUGAGCCAGAACCUGACCAAUCAGGACGUGAACAGCAGCAGCACACUGACAUUAGCCUGCUACGCCUUGGGAGUGCCCCCCCCCUACAUCACCUGGUACAAAGACAACAUACCUGUGGAGGAGGGACCAGGUAUCACCCUGAGGGACGACGGAGUCUUGAUCAUCGAGAGAGUGAAGAAAGACGAUGAGGGUCUGUACGAGUGCCAGGCCAGCAACGACAAGGGCAGCGUCAAAACCAGCGCUGUCGUCACCGUAGUGGGGGAUGAGGGGAAGCCCAACAUCGAGGUGAUCAUCCUGGUGUGUACGGGGGCAGCUGCCACCUUCCUCUGGCUCAUGCUCAUCCUGUUCAUCCGCAAGCUGAGGAAGAAUCCUGCAAACUACAAGAUGGGCCCCUCCAUUAUCAUUGACCCAGAUGAGAUGUCUCUGGAUGACCAGUGUGAUCUUCUGCAGUAUGAUGGCAGCAAGUGGGAGUUUCCUCGUGAUCGCCUGAGACUGGGUAAAACCCUGGGUCAUGGAGCGUUUGGGAAAGUGGUGGAAGCCUCUGCCUUUGGGAUCGACAAGCUCUCCACCUGCAAGACUGUGGCCGUCAAAAUGCUUAAAGGCGGAGCUACGACCAAUGAGCGCAAAGCUUUGAUGUCAGAGCUAAAGAUCCUAAUCCACAUUGGUCAUCACCUGAAUGUAGUCAAUCUUCUUGGAGCCUGCACCAAGCCUGGUGGUCCACUGAUGAUGAUAGUUGAGUUCUGCAAGUAUGGAAAUCUGUCAAACUACUUAAGAAGCAAGAGAGCUGAUUUCAUUGUCUACAAGAGCCAGGAUGGUAAAGUUAUGACGUCAGGAUCGGGCUGUGACCUGAGCGAGCUCAUCAAGCGGCGGCUGGAGAGUGUAGCCAGUACUGGGAGCUCGGCCAGCUCCGGCUUCAUCGAAGAUAAGAGCUACUGUGACUCGGAGGAGGAGGAGGAAGAGCAUGAAGACCUGUACAAGAGAGUCCUGACACUGGAGGAUCUGAUUUGUUACAGUUUUCAAGUUGCAAAAGGCAUGGAGUUCUUGGCUUCACGCAAGUGUAUCCACCGUGAUCUGGCGGCCAGAAACAUCCUACUGUCUGAGAACAACGUCGUAAAGAUAUGUGACUUUGGAUUGGCCAGAGACAUCUACAAAGACCCAGACUAUGUGCGCAAAGGAGAUGCCAGACUGCCCCUUAAGUGGAUGGCGCCAGAGGCCAUCUUUGACAAGAUCUACACCACGCAGAGCGACGUGUGGUCCUUUGGAGUGCUUAUGUGGGAGAUCUUCUCUCUGGGUGCCUCUCCAUACCCUGGCCUCCAGAUAGAUGAGGAGUUCUGCUGCAGACUGAAGGACGGCACCAGGAUGAGAGCUCCAGAGUACUCCUCCUCUGAGAUAUACCAGACCAUGCUGGACUGCUGGCAGGGGGAGCCGGGGGACAGGCCCACCUUCAUAGAGCUGGUGGAGAGUCUGGGAGACCUGCUCCAGGCCAGCGUGCAACAGGAAGGGAAGCAUUACAUCCCCAUCAACACCCUGCUGCCCCAGGAGGCAGACGCCUCCAGCCCGACGCCCUCCGACGAGACGUCCACCCGGCCACUCUCGCAGCGCGACUCUGGGGGCACCUGGAACAUUAAGAUCCGGCCAGCUAGCGUGAAAACCUUUGAUGAGGUUACCAUGGAGAAUGGGACAACUGAGAGCAACGAGGGGAGCCAGUCCGACAGUGGGAUGGGCCUGUCCUCUGAUGACAUGAACACUCUGAAGCGGCUGGAGUCGCUAGCAGGACGACCCCUCAGUAUCAUGGCCCUGGCGAUGAAAGCUGUAAGUAAGAGCAAGGAGUCGGUGCUCACGGAGGGAGAGAAGGGGGAGAAAUACUCUCCCCCUGUCCCCUCUCUGGACUUCAGCCUGAACGACUCGGCUCUGGACCCUGGCCUGGAGUGCCACAGCCCGCCACCCGACUACAACUAUGUGAGAUCCAUCCACGUGCUGCUGGCCUCCUCCAUUCUCCACUGUGAUGCUACAGAUACAGCUAAACACAGACUCAGGUAUUCCUUUAGUCUACUGUGAACUCAGUGAAGUGCAAAUGAAUGAAACAAAGUCCCUUGAUGUAUUAAUGGCAGGUUAAUCGGAAACCGAGGCAGGUGUUGAGGCGCAUGUAACCCUUAAAGGAGAGGGUUUGAAUGAGGCGCUUUUAGUUUUUAGUGACGCCAUUUUAUUUCUUUACAAAUAUUGUAUAGAUUGGAAACUGGAAAGUAAUUUGUUAUUCUAUUAUUUUAUAUAUUUGUCAUUAAUAUAAGUUUAUGGAGAUAGUCCGGUCAGAAUGUGGAUAUUUUUAAGCAGUAUUUAGGAAUUUUGCAAAAAAAAACAUGAUUUUUGUAAAAAGCGGUUGGAAAUAGCAUUGUAUAAUGUCAUGUGUGAGGCAUCCAGCCAAGUCCAAGCCUCUUGAUCAGUUUAGAGCAGAACCUUGGACCUUAUGGCUUCAUACUUAACACUGCAUCUCUACCGUGAAGCCAGUUUGAAUGAAGAGUUACAUUUGGAUUCCUUCUCCUAUCCUGAUACGGUCCACCUCCAGAAGAAAAUGCAACUCUGCCUAUUUCUGUUACGGAAGAGUGAGAAGGGGAAGGGAGAGCGAUGAUAUGAGAGAACCACACACAGUUGUUUAUUUUAUUGUGUACAAAGCUAGUUAGAAAAUGAUCUUAGAUUAGAAUUGAAUAUGAAGUGUGUGACUCUGAAAGCACUAGUCAAAUAAACUAUGCAUACUUUGUUUAGAUUAUAGCGUUGGGUUGUUACUUAUUAAUCCAGAUCACAUUUUACUCACACUGAAAACUUAACCCAAGGGUUUGGACCAACUGCCACCUCAGUAACAAGACAUUAGUAACAGUCCUGUGUUUAAUUAUAGAUUUAUAUACUGUUUACACUGCUGUAUAAACAAUAACUACAUAAGCAAAAUAAAGGAAAAUACUGUUGUUUGCAGGAAUAUGUAUAAUGUAUAAUGUAAAUAUAUUUCUGAUCCAUUGUUUUGAGUAAAAACUGUUACUAUACUAUAGCUUGCAGGGCAGGCAACAGGAAUCCUAAAUGUGUUGUUAGAACCAGGCUGGUCACUAUACUGGUCACUGUAAGUUAAACUCUAACCUUUAGCCAAUAACUUUGACCCUGGAGCCUGUUAUCUCUCACAUGAAGAACAAUUGAAGAAUUGACAUUAGUGAGUUCAAAUGUAUUCCAGUCACACCAGGUAAUAGUCCAGCUUGUGUUUUCUCACACAUAGGAGAGUAGCAGGCUUCUGCUUAGCAAUCACUAAACUGUAAGGCUUCAUCUAGUCCAGUAUUCCAUGGUUUAGUAUAAACCCUUUCUCUUGAUCAGUAGAUAUUUCCAGAUUCAUCUUUGUUCUUGUGGAUUGAUUGGUGGUUGUGUCCAUUGUGGAGAGGAAAGUGUAUGCACUGAUGUUUUCAAAUACAGAUUUUUGUACUCCAAAUGUAUUUUUAUUAACCAUGCAUAAGAAGUGAAUAAAUAAAGAUUUAUAUAUUUAUACAUUA